GGAAGUGAUUGUGGUGGGUUGGCCAGAGAAGAGGAGAGACGUACCCAAACAAAUCCAACCAUAUUGGUCAUUUAGGGAUGAGUUGGCUGUGGAGGAUGGUCUUGUGUUAAAGGGUCCACGAAUAGUCAUUCCACGAAGCCUAACCUCAAAUAUACUAUUCAAGCUUCACGAAGGACACCAAGGAGUAGAGAAAUCUAAACUCAGAGCGAAAGACUGUGUUUUUUGGAUCAAUAUAAAAAAGAUGCCUGUUCAUUGUACCGCAAAAGCCGUUGUUGAAGCAACUAAGAAGAUAUUCUCAGAGCAAGGAAUUCCUCAGAAAGUCGUGAGUGAUAAUGGACCUCAAUUUAGUUCUUCAUUGUACAGUGCAUUUGAGAAAGAAUGGAACUUUUCACAUAUGACAUCUUCGCCGCAUUAUCCCCAGUCAAACGGGUUUGUUGAACGGUUCAUUCAAACUGUCAAGAAUUCAUUUCGUAAAGCAAAGGCUAGUGGGAAUGAUCCCAAAAUGGUUCUUCUUUGCAUUCGCACUACACCAGUAGACAGCAGCAUCCCAAGUCCUGGAGAAUUAUUAUUCGGACGUAAGCUGCAAGGAAAUCUUCCUGUAAGAAUACCUAAUAGUGAUCACCGACGGGAUGAGGUCCAUGCCCGUCUUGUGGAGAAACAACAGAGACAAAAAACGUACUAUGACCAGCAUGCUCGUGAUCUUUCUCAACUAGUUCCAGGGCAAGAAGUCCGAAUUCAAGAUAACAGAACCAAAGAGUGGCAACAAGGUACGGUACGCAGACAAUGCCAGGAACCACGGUCAUAUGUGGUGGAAAAUGAAAAUGGUAGUUGGCUACGGAGAAACCGACGGCACAUUCAGACAGUAAUUGAACCUGCAUCAAGAUGUGCGUUAGAUUCACAAGGGAGAGCGGAAGAACCAGAAGAGAAAGCUGGAGAGGAACUUGGAGAGGAACUUGGACAAACUACAGGCGAGAUUCACCAAAACGUCUACAGAACCAGAUCUGGAAGGGCAGUUCAUAAACCUGAGAGAUAUGGACAAUACAUUAACACUUAGAAAUAGUAGUGCGUGUAAUUAAAAAACUUUAUUGUUAAUGAUAUAUAAUGCUCAAGGACAUGAAGUUCUGGGUCUUUAUAAACAGUAAUCCAGUUUUCAACAUUUUGAAAAUAAAAAAAAAGAGAUGUAAUAUAUGUAUAAUUAUGUACAUAAUUAGUAUAGGGAUUAGGAUUCUGCUGCAUGGA